AUGAGUCGUUCGAAUAGUUGCAUGCAGCUAACGAUGAAUGUGUCUAAACUGUUUUAUGUGAUGGCAUUAUUUUUGUCUGUAAUGUGCGGGAAUGCAAGAUAUUCUGCGAAGACAAUACUGAGUGAAAAAGAGCAGGAACUGAAGUGCCAUUAUGCUGUUGAAAAUGAAAUAUUAGAUAGCGAAAUAAAAUUAGAAAUACUAUGCAUGCCUGAAAAGUGGUGGGAAUUCACUGUAGAAAAUAAUGAAAGCAUAAUCCUGGAUGAAAUACUGGAUAGAGAUACUAUAAUCGCAUACUAUGACAGCUAUGUAGAAAUGUCAUACAUUCUCAAGGAUCUUUCCAGCGAUUUUAUUAUGCUUGUGAAUGCAGUUGUUAUUGCAGAGAGCCAGAUUCCAAAAGAUUUUAAGGACAUAGUAAUGCCUAUUGUGGGGUAUUUUGCUAAGUUUGAUCAGGAAGACUACUACUGCUUUAUUGAUCUAAUUAACUGUUUGGUGUUCACGGCUUUCCACGCGCCUGAUAUAGCUGAUGAGGUGCAAAAGGAGUUGAUAGCGCAAAGAAAUGGAGCAUAA